UUUGAUAAACGAUCGAAUUUGCUAAAGUAACGAUUCGAAUGUUUUGUGGGAAAAAAUAAUGCUUAUACUUGCGUAUGGACACCAGUGCCAGACACGAUAGUUAGGUUUUAUACAAAUAAAAGAUAAGCAUUACUGUCCUAAAGGCACUAUGAGUAAUCCUUAUAGAGCCAGACCAACUAGGUCUAGAGUAGAUCACAGUUUAGGAUAUGGAGCUCAUAAUCAAAAUGUAUGGAAUCCAAUGUCUAGAGUAUCAUCCGAGAUAUCAUCAAAUGAAUCCAGUCAGCAUCAGCCGCCUCUUCUAAAUCAGCCAAAACAAUCAAGUGAUCCUUGGAAUAAUUCAUGGAAUUGGGACUUUGACAAACAAACAGAUAAUCAACAACAGCAACCAUUACAACAAGAACAACAGCAACAACAUUAUAUACCGUCAUAUAGUAAUCAAGGACAGUUGAUAUCUAAUUCUAUUCAAGAUCAUUAUUAUCAAAAUGUUAAUGGUAACAAGUCUGAUUUCCUUAAUCAGAAUUCGAUGUCAGACAAAAGUACACAAGGAACAGUUGCUAAUAGACCACCAAUUCCUAAUCAUAUAGACUCUUUUACAUCGUAUUCAAAUUAUAAUCAGUAUCAACAAUAUCCACCACAACCUAGAACAAAUUCUACGAAAUCCGGAUCUAUGAAUUUUGAUCAAACUCAAUGGACAAGUGACCAACAAUUACAAAAUGUUCCAUACCCACAACAACAGUUAGGUAUACAAAAUCAGAAAGAUCAAGCAUCACGUCCUGCUUUAGUUGGUAGUAAUUGCAAUUGGAUUAAAUCUGAUCAAACAAAUGUAAUGACACCACAAAAUUGGCAAAAUCAGUGUACUUCACUGGGUCAUUGGCAAGAUCAAAAAGUAGAUAAAGAGAUACAGAAUUUUGAUGAUGUGGGUAAUAAGUAUACACAACCAGUGCAACAAACUAGAUCAAAUCAGCACCCUCUGUCUUCUGCAGAUAACAAAAAACAUUCUGUAAAUGAUGCAAAUGAUGCAAAUAAUUGGUCUGAACAAGUUAACAUGUCAACUUCUCAAUGGAACACUCAAAAUCGUGUAUCUGCAUUAUCUAAUCAAAGCCAGCAAGUAGCGCAAGGUUAUAACACUAAUGAUGAAUUCAAUUCUUGGUCUCAAACAGCAAAUACCGAAAUUUCACAGACAUGGAAGAAAUUAAAUGAUAAUAAUACAACUCAGUGGUUACAAGAACAGCAGGAAAAUAAUAAUUUAGGAGAAGAAAGUGUUAAACAAGAAGUCACUGGUAUAGCAGCAACAAAUGAUUGGCAACAGAAUCGUCCAUUGCCAAUCCAACAUAUUUCACCUAAUGUUAUACCAGCAACAGAUCCUAAUGUAGAACAUGAAGAGAGAAAAAGAUCAAUACCUCCAUUACUUCCAAAUUCUGCAAACUCUAAAGAUUCUAAUAUACAUACAAAAACAAGCAUUGCUAAAUCACAUUUAUCUGAUUCUCGACUUAAUAUGACUGGCACUCCUGAAACUAUAUCAACUGUUGCAAGUUCUGAAAAUAUUUCUAUGCAAGAAAAUAAUGAUUUUAAUUUAGUGAAUGAUCCAACAGAAUGGGGUAAAAAUAAUUCAACAGAAGAAUUGCCUACAAAAUUAGAACAGUUGAAUCUUAGUAGUAAGAUAAAUAAAAAUGUAGAAAGUCAAACUGAGUCAGAAGAAGUACAACCUGUUAUACCUGAAGAUGGCUGGGGUCAAAAUGUGACUUUCAAUAAUAAUGCUACACCUGAUAAUAUACCAGGAUUGCCUUUAGAUUGUGCUGUACUUGGUACGGAAGGUACUCAUCCUAACGAAAAUCAAAAUGUUAUUAGUCAAGAACAUUCAGCACUUAGUACAUAUCAAAUGACAAAUAUUAAGCCUACAGAUAAUAUAGCACAAAGUGGGUAUGAUCAGUGGUACAGUCAAGAUACGUUGCCACAUUCUUCAGAAAAUACAUGGUAUUCAAAAGAUAAUGUUCGUCCGCCUAAAGAAUGGAGUAUAGAACAAAAUGUUGAAAAUUAUGAAAAUAUCCAACAACCUUCAGAAUUUGUUAAUUUAGAAGUAGUUGCACCAUCAUUACAAGAACGAGAUAUAUAUGGUUCAAGAGAUUCUAUAAAUAAGGAAACUUUAGAUAAUGAUCCUAAACCAGUUUUAAAUCCUGUCAAGGAAGUAUCAAAUACGCGUGAUUUUCGACAAGAAGUAAAUAAUAUUGAAGUACUUUCUGCGCAGCAGAAUACACGAUCUCAUUCUCUUCUUCAAGCAGAACAGGUACCAGAUAAUUAUGAAUUUGCAUCAAACGAUAGAAAUACUUUUUUGGAAACCGGAGAAUUAACCGAUUCUCAUCAAGAACAUGAACCAACUCCUCCAAGUCAAGAUGAUGAAAAUGACGAAGUGCCUAAUGAUAUACCCUUUUUACGUGAGGUACCCGGACAAUCAAGCUCGAUAGAUCCACGUAGAAAUGAUCCAACAGGACAAGAACAAUAUGUUCAAUCUGGUCAAAGGUUGUCUGAUCCAAGAAGAAAUGACCCUUCUGGUCAAGAGCAAGGUCUUCAAUUAAGAAAUAUAUCUGAAAGAUCAGAACGACGCGAUGUUCCUUCUGGACAAGAGAGAAAUGUUCCUUUACUUUCACGAUCAGAUUCUGAUACGAUGGAACGUCGAAACGAUCCGUCUGGUAGAGAACGAUCUUUGCCUCCGCAACAAUCACGAAAUGAUCCAUCUGGAGAGGAAAGAUAUCAGUCUCAACCUCAAAUUAUGUUGGAACCAAGUGAAACACGGGAAAUACCCGGAAGAGGUAAUGAAUCAGAAGAUUCUGUUCAGCAAACAGAUGAAAAUCUUAGACAAAUACCAGGUGGUGCAUCUCCAAAUGAUGUUACUCAAUCUUCAGAUGAUAGACCUAAUGGAAGAAUAGUUACAGGUUCUCAAGAAGUUUCUUCUAUAGGCUCUACGAUACAAGAUCAAACUAGUGAUUCAAGAAAUAAACGCGAGGAAGCUGUUGGUGCAUCGAUGCGUGAGAGUCAAGGAAUGUCUAGUUCUUCGAAUCGUAGAGAUUCGUAUGAGGAUGACGAUGAUGAGGGUUCCGGACAUAGUAGAGAUGAUAGUAGAGAAAGACGUCGUGAUAGCAGUUCAGAACGUCGAAGAUACGAAUAUGAACGAAAAAGCGCGUAUUAUGAUCGUGAUCGAGAAUAUGAUGACGAUUAUUAUUACGAUCGUCGUCGUGGUGGAGAAAAUGAUCGAACAUAUAAUAUACGCGAUGAAUUCGAUCGUCGAGAAAUUCCUUAUCGCGAAGAUGAUCGUAAGCAUCAUAGCCGAGAUGAUCUAGAUAGACACGCGAGAGAAGAGAUCGAUAGAAGAAGCAGAGCUAAAGAAGAUUUAGACGAUUUAGGUAUUAGAAGAAGACCCGACGAUCGCAGAAAAGACAGAGCUGACGAUGGGAUGCGUCGCAGAGAAAGAGACAUCAGAGACUACGAUUUACGAUAUUCACGAGAUCGCGAUUAUCUUGAUCGUGAUCGACGAAGAGAUGAUAGACGACCAAGACGAUAUGAUGAUUAUGAUAUAAGAGAUCCAUAUAGAAGAGAAUAUUAUGAUGAUCCUUAUAGUAGAGGAUCUAGACCAUCCAGUAGAUCUUCUUAUAACGAUAGAGAUCGAGAAUACUACAUGCGAACGAGAGAUCCUUAUUAUCCUUAUAACGGAUAUUCCGGAUACGAUUACGGCGUUCAUUAUGCCAAUAACUAUUAUGCAUAUAUUGAAAAUUUACGACGUACAAAUCCUGCUGCUUAUUCGGAAUGGUAUCAUAAAUAUUAUGCUAACCAACAUCAACAACAACACAUUUCUCGUGGUGUUGUUAAUUAUCCAGAAGACAGAGCUAGUGUUCAUUCUGGCCGUAGUUCCUGUGACGAGAGAACAACUGGUGACAAACGAACUUUAGGUGAUAUAUCUAUGCUUGAAGAUUCGACAGUUGUCUCUGCCCGAAUGACGCCAACUAAAUUUUCCAGUUCACACGUAUAUGGAUGUUUUUCUAUCGGAUCUUUAAUACACGUACAUCCAGCUUACCCAUCUGAUGGUGACAGAGCUAAAGUAGACAUUUUUAGAUUAGAUAAUCUACUUUUACAUGAUCCUGUAGCGCGUGACUUACGAACUUAUCCUGGUCCCCUAAUUAAGCAAGUGGGUGUCACACACAAAAAGACCAUUAUUGAAUAUUGUGAAAAUAAAAUUAAAAAAGCAGCAUCAAAUGAAGAAAUGAUCGAUCGUGCUUCGUAUAUACUUUUAUAUGAAUUAAUGAUAAUGUUGAUUCAACAAAAUGGAAAUGUUGUUGGAGUUGAUAUAGCAGCGUUAUUACUCAGAAAUAAAGACGCAUAUCCGUAUGAUAUAAAUAAGCAAAAAUCUCAGGAUUCAGGAAGAAGAGAAUCGGUAAUAUCUCAAAGAUCGGCUGUUUCAGUUGGAGAUGGUAUUCAGGGUAAUCAAGAUGGUACAAUAAUAUCUGAAAAGAUUGAAAGUAAGCCACGGAAAAGCAUUGAACAAAUAACAGAUGAGUUUAGAGACACCCUGCUUUACGGCUUAGUUCAGGAAGCAUUAGAAUAUGCAAUGAAUGAAGGUCUUUGGGGACACGCACUCUUCUUAGCCAGUAAAUUAGAUAAACGUACGCACGCAUCUGUAAUGACACGUUUUGCUAAUAGUUUACCAUAUCACGAUCCAUUGCAAACUUUAUAUCAACUUCAUUCUGGUCGUGUGCCAGCUGUUGUUACUGGUAUAUCGGAUCCUCGGUGGGAUGAUUGGAGGCCUCAUUUAGCAAUGAUUAUAUCGAACACAUCCGCUAAUCCGGAAAUUAAUCGUCGCUCAAUUACAACUCUUGGGGAUACACUUUCCGCUCGUGGAGAUAUUUAUGCAGCUCAUUUUUGCUAUAUACUUGCACAAGUUGAUUUUGGUACCUAUGGAGCAAGUAAUAUAAAGCUUGUAUUGAUUGGUGCAAAUCAUCAUAAAUCCUAUAAUGCAUUUCUUACAACGGAAGCUGUUAUGCUUACGGAAAUAUAUGAAUAUGCUAGAAAUCUUAGUGAACCAGGUUUUACGUUGGUAGAUUUACAAACCUUCAAGUUUGAUUUGGCAAUAAAAAUGGUGGAUCAUGGAUUAAUUGAAAAAGCCUUACUGUACAUAGAACAAAUUGCAGUAAAUAUUUUCAACGAACCAUCGAAGUACAAAAAAUCAUUUAUUAAUGCCGUGUAUAAUUUAGGAGAUAGAAUUAGGUAUCACGAUCCUGUUUAUAAAGAUUCUAUCGAUGAAGCUACAACUUUAACUUGGUUUAAUAAUCUAGCUGAAAUUGUUGGUAAAUGCCAUAUUGGAGAAAUUACCGAAAAUGAAAUUUAUGGUUCCCAAACAAAACCAGAAUUAUAUAAUAACACGCAAAAUCAGGAGGCGAUGAACGAAUCGAAGCAACAACAGCCGUGGAGCAGGAUUCAGUCUGAAUACAGAGAAGGUCCAACAUCGAUGAUGGAAGUACCUACAGCUGAUACUCAAUCAGAAUGGCAGCCAUUAUCUCUGCCAUCCAAUAUACCAGAUACAUAUGAUCAAAGUAUGCAAUACACAAGGAAUAACGAGGAAUCUUGUCAAUUACAACAAUCCCAACAGCAAGAUUAUUGGAACCAAGAGUCUUAUUAUCAAAGUAACUAUGGAAGAAAUGACAGUACCAUCACAAACUGGCAACAGAAUUCAAAUCAUCCUUCAUAUCCGCAAGAACAAAGUGACAUUGAUGAUUCUCAACGACAAGAAAAAUGGAACUAUGAGACGGAAAGGGAAGAAAAAACACCUACCCUUGAAACGGCACAACCGGCAAUUUCAAUGACACCGUCAACGAGAAAGCAGUAUGAUCCGUUGGAAGAAUUGGAUGCACUCGAGACUCCGAAAUUAACUCCGAAACCUGCAGCUUCAGCGAAAAAAGUUUCAGAGAAGCCAGCCGAAAAGAAACCUUCUAAUACCGGAAGUUCUUGGUUCGGCGGUCUUUUUAGCAAACUUGCUCCAAAACCAAGAAACCAGAUGAUUCUACCAGAUGAUAGUAACCCAACGAUUGUUUGGGAUCCCGUUGCUAAAAAAUGGAUGAAUAAAGACGACGAUGGAGAGAGUAAUUCUAAUGCGAUAGCUCCACCCCCAAAAGCUUCUGACAUGGAGUUUAGAGCACCCGUGCCGGAACAAACUUCUCAACCAUCUCAACCUUCUUUACCAGCUGAUGAAUCUUCUGUGAAUAAAUUUAAAUUGCCUAGAGGUAGAAGUAUGCGUGCCAAUUAUAUAGAUGUAAUGAAUCCAGGAGGCUUGAAAAAUAGCGUGGCGUCCUCAAGUAUACCAACUCCAGUAACAUCUCCAAUGGUACCUAUGGCAGCUUCAUCACCUCAGUUAUUUAUUCCUGCUCCAGUUAAUGAUUCAAGUGCCCCUGUAGACUUCUUAACUCCAACGGUAACAUCAGUUGCACCUACGAAUGUUUCCGAAAAUAUAUCUCAAGGGUUCUCUCGAUGGAGCUCAACCAGCUCGUUAUCGCGAGAGGUGCAGAGCUACACUAUGAGGGAUCCGCGUUUCCUCCCACAGAACAAGGGACCAAUGAUGUACAACCCCAACGAUGUGAAGGAUCGUUCAAUGAAGAAUGUACAGCAGAAUCGGUAUCCUCCGCGAUAAAAUUUGCAAGAUUUUCAACAACAUACAUAUUUGCUGAUGAGUAACCAGAGAAGAUUUUUCGUUCUAUCAGGAUUCACGUUAUUGACAUGAAUUGAAAUUUCCACAUAUUACACAGGCAAACAUACCUCAAAUUACGUAAGUGAAUACUAAUAGAUGCAUUAUAAGUUUUAGUC